AUGAAUAGCCAUUCGCCCCCAGAUUCUCAUUCCACCUUUUCCAAUCAACUUCCAUUCCCAUUGAAUAUUGGAUCUCGAAUCUGGCGACGACUAUGGCAUGGGAUUUUGUCAUCUUGCCAGAGGGCCUCCCCCUCUGACUCUCGUCCCAAUAUCCUCCUCCCACCCGACCCAAUCAUCCCACUCGAAUAUCCACGAACUUCUUCCCCUAGCUGCCGCCCAAUUCAAUAUGAUCGCGUCUCGACCCUUUUGGAUGUGGAUUACCUCCGCGGUCCCAUCAAUACAGACGGCCGAUCACAGGGUGGAAACUUAGAAUCAUUGCAUGUUAUCAACCCCGACAUACAUACACAGAGCUCCCGCGCAGGCUCUUAUUACGGUACAUUUGAUGAUGCUAGUAGGGUAGGACGUCGGGGUUCCCACGUGCCUUGUCUCCCCGAUCUUUGGUUUACAACAGCCCCAGCUCCACCCUUGUCUGUCACCAUAGGCCUAGGCCUUCAAAACUUAACGGAAUCACUGAUGCCCGAAAGUCAGCCUAUCAUUCACGCCGAGCCAUCUUCUUCUCAUUCAACAGAAACCACGUCAGAAGAGCUAUUGCCACCGCCUGCUCUAGACGAAUUCCAUCGAAGAGCUCCCGGCCUUCCUCUCAACGGCUUCUCUCGUGCUAUGAAAUUUUUCUUGCCUCCCUCUCCCUGUAUCUCGGAGGAUGAUGUGGGCCAGGGAUAUAGCUCGGAAGAUGAUACCCAGGAACCCGAUACAGCGCUUCCUCGCACCCGGUCUCAUAUCCCAUCAUUCCGGUCCAGUCGAGAGUCCUCAUCUUGCUUCACACAGCGUCGUGACCAUAGGCGGGGAAAGCGCCGAUUAUCACACAUCGAAACUCAGCCACUCAUUCCACAUUCGCCAAGAAAGGAAACUAUUAGACCAGGCUAUCGAUACAAAUCAUCUGUUAUCUUUCCAUCUGAGAAUACGGACAAGGCACAAAGCUCACGUGGUCCUGGUGGAUCACGUAGAGUGUCUAGCACCUUUUCCAACAGCACAUCCCCUAGCCCAAUGUCGGAAGCCUUUAGUCGCCGGCAGCGUGGAAUUUUUUUAAACCUUUACAGUUUGCCUUUUCUAUCGCAGACGCUAACUGCAGGUACGGUUGCGCAAAGCCGUCGACGCCUCUAG